AUUUCAAAUCUGCGAAUGACUGCAAGAGUUUGUGUUCCAGGGCCUAUAGAAUCCUGUUUGACACUUCCUUAGUGACGUCCUUUGAACAUAACAAGCAUAUUGAAAGCAUCUGGAGAAAUAAGGAUGGCGUCGACUGAUGAGUAUAAAAUCACAAAGGAAGAAGCAUUCCAUUUCCUGGACAAUGUCUUGCAGAUAGAAUCCGCAGAAAUGAAACUGAAGGCAAACAAGGUCAAGUUCCUGGAGGACGUUAUCAAAGCGAUGCACCACCACAUCCCUUACCAAACUAUAAAAAGAAUCGCCAUGCCUGACGAAGAGCGGCGUUUACCAACGGCAGCAGGCAUCAAGUCCGAUAUCACUUCCAAACUAGGAGGCCUUUGUUAUCAGCUGCAGAUAUUCAGCUGGAUGUUGCUACGUGCUCUCAACUUCGAUGCCCAUUUGGUACCAAUGGAUGGGAUGCGUAGAGAAAAUAUUCACGUUGGUAUCGUCCUCAAGGACCUUACCUGCCAGGGGUCAAAGCACCUGUUCGAAGUCGGGACGAGUCUUCCGACUCACCGUUUGGUACCGCUUCAUUUUGAUCAGGGAUCACCUGAAUAUAAUGAUUCCUGUAUGACAUACCGCUUCAUACAUGAUCAAAAUGGUACGUUCAUCUUUCAGCCCAGAGUAAGCUCGGUAUCAUCACUUGCGACUAAGUAUCCAGAACUGAUCGAUGGCAAGUGGUUUUCGUUCGGCUUUAUCCACACCGAACAAACUGUUCUUGUGUCUCAUUUCGACUCUGCUACAUAUAUGAGGAAAUUAUUCACCAACGUUGACGAGCUCUUUUGUUUUAUAGGUUUACUUUGUGUGUCGUACCCCAACGGUCGGCUUGUGAGCAUCAAGAAUUCUAAACUGACGCUAGUUGAUGAAGCGAAUCAGAUGCAGCAUUUUCAGUUCCGGUCGGAUGACGACUUUCUCGAGGCUUUCCAGCGUUAUUUCCCUCAAUAUCCUGAGAGUAUGAUUCGAGCCGCUAUGAAGAAUGCUCAGUUCAAACUGCCAUAAAGAGCAGAGCUGCUGAUAGGUCAUGUUACGCUAUCACAAUUCCCUGUUAAGAUUAUUAUUUCUGAAUAAGUCUUAUAAGGACAAAUAUUGCUUUCUUUCGAAUAUUUAAAUAUUUCAAUUCCAACUAAAAAAUAUUAAGUAUAGGUUUCUGUUAUACUUUAUUUAUAAUAAAAGUGAUAAAAAUGAUAAACCAAUUGAAUGACUGGAAGAAUUAAAGGAGAAUAUACAGGCAGGUGGAUCCACAAUGUUUCCGAUUCAUAGUAUAUAGUCUGAUACUCUUUGGUUUAAGAUUCCAAAUCAACUUUAUUAUGCAUUGCGUAUGCGCAGCUACAAUCGUAUGUCAUGGUUUGACACCAUAGCUAGAAUUCUUCAUAGAACACAAUAAAUGAGGCAAUUGCAGUAACUAUUAACCGCUUAAAUCACUCGAUAAGAACUUUAUGCUCAAUUUUUUUCAUGCUUACUGUAGUCAUACCAAUAUAACUGACUCCAAACCGGCUGAAGGUAUUUUACUUGAAAUGACGUAAUAUAUUUCGUUGGUUGGGGUCGGAUAUAACGUAAUAUUUCGUUGGUUGGGAGUCGGUUUCGGUGGUAUGAAUUUGGAAUUAUUGAUUAAUAUUUAAUUUACUUAUUUUAACCAUGGUCAGAAUAUAUGUAUAAUUUUUUUUUAUAUAGUAUAGAAUAACAUGAACAUGAUAAAUGUCAUGCACAUUUCUUUCAAUUUGUCUAUUAAUGCGGAUUUGCUUGCAUGGUAUAAUUAUAAAAAUCAUAUAUCAUAAAUUUGUAUUCGCCACAUAGUCUAUAGACCCUCCUAUUUAAUACCAAUAUUGAGCUCACGCUCUUUGUCAAAAACAAAGGGAAAGGCUUAUAGCAUACACACGUAAAUGAAUUUCAUGAAUUAGUCAGAUUGUUGCAAAACGAAUUGAAGUACAAUAUUUUGGGCUUUCAACUGAUAGCCAUACAAUAUCUAUUCUAGAGCAUGAAAUAUAUAUUUUCAAUUAUGUAAUUCAACACUGUAAGCUAUAUUCUGAGAAAAUAAAAAACAUGAUCUAUUGUGAUACAUUUAUGAUUAUGAAAUAGAUAUAGACAGCAGGAUAUUCCACAUAGUCUUC